AUGCUGCAGCCCUCGUUGCCAAAGACGCUUCGAGGAAUUGCCAGGGGCUGCCUCAACAUUCGCCGUUUUGCGGAGGUUGCGAAAACAGAUCCGCGUGCUGCGGUGGUCAAGAUUUUCAAUACGCGGCAGCGUCCUGGUUGGACAGUUCCGUGGCAGGACCAGCCAGUUGAAAGUACAUCAGGCUCUGGUGCCGUGAUCCGUGCAAGCAUAAAUGGCCGAGUCCCACGUCAUGCAGUUCUAACCGCUGCGCACGUAAUUGCGGACAGCAGGUACUUGCAGGUGCAGCGCACCAACGAUCGCUACAGCGGUGAGAAGUUCCGUGCUCAUGUCGCGGCUGUUUGCCAUGAGAUCGACUUGGCAUUGCUGACAUUGGAGGAAGACAUCGUCUUGGAGGAGAUGGAGCCUCUGAUCGUAGGAUCUGCCACGGAGCUGCCGCGCGUUUUCGACAAGGUUAGAGUCGUGGGCUACCCUGUUGGUGGUGAUGCCUGCAGUGUGACAGAGGGAGUCGUCAGUCGCGUGGAGGUACAAGAGUACUCGCACUCUUUGCGAUUUGGGCUAGCCCUCACAGUCGACGCAGCCAUUAACAGCGGCAAUAGCGGUGGGCCUCUGGUGGAUGCUUCCACAGCACAUGUUGUUGGGGUUGCCUUUCAGAAAAUGGUCGCCAGGGGUGUCGAGCUUCAGGGGCAUGCGGUUCCAUCUCCCGUGAUUCAGCGGUUUCUGGAGGAUGUCGCCAGCGAAAGUUCGGGGAGCAGUGACAGCACGCAAACAAUUCGCUUGCGCAUGCCUUCGCUUGGUUGUGACUAUCAGUCUUUGGAGCCCGUAGCAUUGCGAGAACAUCUCAAGCUGGAUGGUCGCAGAGGCAUUCUAGUCAGCAGGCUGCACAAUGCCGGUGACACUCCAGCAGCUUUGCGAGGCGGCGACGUGCUCAUGUCCUUUAAUGGCUUUGACUUGGAUGAGCUUGGAUUUUGCAGUCUCCUUGGACGCCGUUUGCAUUUUGGUGCCGCGCGUGACCUUUGCCGUGUGGGCACCACUGUUACAAUGAAAGUGUGGCGAUCACAAGUCGAGCAGACGGUCCAACAGGUCCUGCAGCCUGCGCGUCACUUGGUGCCCAGGGGUGAGUUCGACGUGCGGCCACGCUUCUUCAUGGUCGGCGGACUGGUCUUCCAACCAUUGAGCAACGAGUACCUGCAAGGCUGGGCCGCCAACGACAGGCCGUCGCACCUGCAGGACUUGUUCCUAUCGGGCCACGUGACUCCGGAGAGGGACGAGGUUGUGAUUCUAACACAGGCCUGUGGAUUCUGGAAGCUGCCCAAAGACGCUUGA